AAGGACCAACUCAACCAAAAGCUUAAACUGAUGGCUGAGGCCCAAGAAUAUGUUUUAUACUCUAUCAGACUUUAAAAUUAUACUUUCAAUUAUGGAGUAUAAGAUAACAUUAAUUUUAAUAUGAAGUAAAAAAACUAUGGUCGAUCAAAUAUUUGAAAAAAAAAAUACUCCAUAGUGUAAAAAAGUUCAAUCCUAUCAAUUAUUCUAAAACAUAUAAAAUAUUACUAAUUUUUUUUUUUGUUAAUAAAUCAACAUUUAUUAGUUAUUACAUUUAUUUCUAGUAUCCCCUCAAAAAAAAAAAAAAAAAAAAACAUUUAUUUCUAGUAAUUGACUAGUUUGUCAACUCUCACUAUCCUUUCCACUCUAGAUCUCUUCUUCCUCCCUCAGACACUCACUCACUCAUUCUUACAGAAAAUUCCACUUCCUAAAUUCUAUCUUCUCUGCUACAAAUUCAUCAACAACAACAAGAACAAGAUCAAAAUCCCAGAAAAAUGGGGUCAGUAUCCUUAAAAAUAGGGGAUGGAACAGCAAGAUUCAAAAGAGCAACAAUUUGUACAUCAGCAGUAAAUGGAUUAAUGCUAUUUUCAGUUCUUACCACAAAUCUCUUUGCACUUUAUGCAUUCACUUACAAUCCCAGCAACAAUUCAUCACAAAAUCAAACCCCACUUCACCGAGCUCACAAAAACAUCUCUUUAAUCACUGAACAAGUCUCCUUAAUCAUGGAUGAGAUCCAAUCUUCCCAGAAAAAGCUAACCCAGAUCGAAAAGGAGCUUCUGGGUUACGAAUCAAUCGAUAUUACAAAACCCGGUUUAUCCAAUGAGCUCAAGAUCUUCUUGCAGAGGCAUUCAUUGCCACUUGGAAAAGAUUCAAGAACUGGGAUCACUGAAAUGGUAGCUUCAGUUGGUCAUACUUGCAGCAAAUCAAUGGAUUUAUUGUCUCAAUAUAUGAAUUACAAGGUUAAUGGGCCUUGCCCUGAUGAUUUGGGGUUGGCCCAGAAGCUGAUUUCAAAGGGGUGUGAGCCUUUGCCAAGAAGAAGGUGUUUUGCUAAGACAUUGAAUAAGGUAGGGUUUCUGUAUCCAUUUCCUGCUUCUCUUUGGAAAACUGUUAGUGAUAAGAUUGUCAGUUGGAGUGGUUUGAAUUGCAAGAAUUUUGCCUGUUUGAGUGGUAAAAAAAUAGGGAAAGAUUGUGUUAAUUGCUUUGAUUUGAGUAAUGUUAAUGAGAAUCAGAGGUUUGUUAAGGGUAAAGGAAAAAAUGAUUUUACUAUUGAUGAUGUUUUGAGUAUGGGUGGUGAAGGGGUUAGGAUUGGUCUUGAUAUUGCUGGUGGUUCAGGAACUUUUGCUGCUAGAAUGGCUGAGAGGGAUGUCACUGUGAUUACUCAGGCAUUGAAUGUUGAGGCGCCCGCCAACGAUUUCAUUGCUUCUAGGGGGUUAUUCCCUUUGUUUAUGAGCUUGGAUCAUAGGUUUCCAUUUUAUGAUAAUGUGUUUGAUUUGGUUCAUGCUGGAAGUGCAUUGGAUGUUGGAGGGAAGGCUGAGAAACUUGAGUUCUUAAUGUUCGAUAUUGAUCGAGUUUUGAGGGCUGGGGGUUUGUUAUGGUUGGAUAACUUCUUUUGUGCUACUGAUGAGAAGAAGAGGGAUAUAACAAGAUUGAUUGAGAAAUUUGGGUAUAAGAAGCUGAAAUGGGUUGUAGGAGAGAAAACAGGAUCAGGGAAAUCGGAAUUGUAUUUGUCAGCUGUUUUAGAGAAGCCUGUAAGAGUAUAAUUUGCGAAGAGGUUCGUUCCAAUGAUCAUUGAUAGGUAAGAACAAUAUCAGUUUUUUCGGCAUAGUUCAUAUCAAAUUCAUAUGAACUUGUGCUAUAGAUUUCGCAAGAUAUAUUUAAUUUAAUUGCCUAAUAAACUGAGAAGGAAGACAACUAGUUAGUGUUUCUCAUUUCCAGCAAAUGUCAUAGAAGAAGAUAGAAGUUAUUUACAAAUUACAAUGCAACUAGGAUAUAUAGUUUCUAAGUUAUUUCUAUUUUGUAAUGGAUACAUACUCGAUUAGAAGUUAAUGAAGUUUAAAUCCAUUGAAGUGUUC